CAUUACACCCUGACCCCAACCAAUCUAAUUUGUUGUCACUUUGCAGGGGUGUUAGUGACUGGGGCGUCGGGUUAUCUGGGCUCCCAUGUCGUCCAGCAGCUGCAGGAGGCCGGCUACAAGGUCAAGGGAUCGGUGCGGAACCUGGAAGAUGAGAAGAAGGUCAAGCACCUCAAGACGCUGUGCCCGGAGGCUGCGUACGAGGUGGAGCUGGUGCAGGCUGAGCUACAGAAUGCAGACAGCUGGAAGAGUGCUGUUGAGGGUUGCACAUAUGUGAUUCAUACAGCCAGCCCUUUCCCUUUUUCUACGCCUCGCAACGAAGAUGACUUGAUCAAGCCAGCGGUGGAGGGCGUGACCAACGUUCUUAAGGCCUGCGUGGAAUCCAAGACAGUCAAGCGUGUGGUCCUGACCAGUGCAGGGCUUGCCAUUUGCGGUACUUUGAAAGGUGUGGAUGUGUCCGAGAAGGACUGGCCAGAGCCGGCCAAGCUGGACCCCUACGCCAAGAGCAAGACGUUAGCAGAGAAGGCGGCCUGGGACUUUGUCAAGGAACUCAAGGAUGAGGAGAAAAUCGAGCUGGUGGUCUUGAACCCCGUCUCCAUGCUGGGCCCGGUCCUCAGCACCACCAUGUGCACCAGCAUCGAGCUGAUCAAACGGCUCCUGGAGCGUAACCCCAUGUUCCUCCCCAAGAUGAACCUCCCUGUGGUGGAUGUCCGAGAUGCUGCUGCGGCCCACGUCAAGGCUCUCACAACAAAGGAGGCUGAAGGGAACCGUCACAUCUUGUGCACACAGAACUUGUGGUGGUCUGAGAUGGCGGCCAUCUUGAGUGCAGAAUUCAAGUCACAGGGUUACAACGUGCCUACUAUGGGGGUACCCAAGGCUGCCGUCGCCAUGGCCAGUGUCUUCAAGAAAGAUGCCAAGCAGGCUCUUCCCAUCUGGAACAAGACCACCAAGUUUGACAACACGAGAAUGAAAGAAGUCCUGAAGAUUACAGAGCCCCGCGAAAUAAAGACGGCUAUCAUUGAGAUGGCAUACAGCCUCAUCGAAGGUGGCUUUGUCAAGCGUAGCAAGAAGUACCGAGGACCGCAUGGCAAGCAGGAGGAGGCAGCCAACGGGCCGACAGAGAACGGGGAGAUCAAAGAGGACAGCAAACCAAAGGAAGAUGGGGAGGUGGUGACAGCUGGGGAUAAGGAGGAAGCAAAAGAAACAGGAGAAGAAACAGCUGCCGAGGGAGAGGCCAAGACAGGAGAUGAUUCCAAGAAGGAUGACGCAGGUGAUGCCAGCGAGGCAAAAGCAGAGGCACCAGCUGCCGAAACCAAAGAAGAGGGGGAUCCCACUUCUGCCACCAGUGAGGAAAACAAGACAGAUGAGGCCAAGGAGGAAGAUAGCAAAGCCAAGGAGGAGCCAGCACAAGAGCAGAAAGCUGAGGAUGCAGACAAGACGGAGGAUAAGCCAGAAGAAAGCGGUGAGAAGGAAGCAACGGAAGAGAGCACGAAGAAGGAAGUUGAGGUGAAUGGGGAGGUGGAUGCGGGAGGGGAUGCUGUAGCAUCUCAGUAGUGUAAUAUUGAAAGCUUAAUAGUAGCCUUAAAUGUAGCUUUGCAUACUAAAAGGCAGUACUCUGGUAAGAAGUACUGUUGUGCAUGAAUUUGGGUUUUUGAUUGCUUUGACCACAUUUGGAGCUAAAAAUCAGUAUCAUCAACAAGCAGUACUGUCAAAUGUGCCUUUGGGAAAAAGGGUAUGCCACUUGAACUAACUGGAAUAGAGUGCCAGACAAAGUCUGGCAAUAAAGUAGGAAUUGAAAGUAAUGCAUUGAGACUAUUAUAGAUUAAUUGGUGCUGUAUAUAGAACGCUUUGUGACCGAAGAUAAAAUGAAGGGGUGGGGCCAGGAUAAAAAACAAUGGGAAAACUCAGAGCAGAAAUACAGUGAAAGGGUUUUGAAAGGUGGUACUUCACAAGCUGAAUUCACUAUGCAAUGCUUAGGAAACUGAAAUGAUUAACUUGUAUUUUCUAGGGUAACCAGUAUAACAGUGUAGGAUACCAUAGUCACUUUGCGUUUCCUUUUUGUUGCUUGUACAUUUUCAGCAGUAUGUUUAAGAUGCUAGUUCACAGAUCGCAGCAAAUGAGAUUUACUUUCCCACUGCUUCAAGCUGAAUGCCCCCAUUGCACAUGUACAUGUACUUUUACAGGUACAUGGUGAGCUAAAGCAAAUGAGUUCCUUUGCAUCAGACUUGUAUAUCUGCAGAUAUAGACCAUAGAAAAAUGCAUGUUUAAUGUGACGUCACAUGACGUGUGAUGACAUCAUCAUGACAUCACUUUACAUUCAUCUGUAGCACAUCCCAGUUUAGUACAUACCGGUACUUAGUUACAACCAAAACGGACCUAUUGUUCUGCAGAUAUGGGCUCCUUGCACAAGUACCCCACCAACGGCCAGAAAAGGAGAGUUGGGGGUGACCUAGACUGGUUCCCGAUCCAUCCACUGUGUAUUUCAAAUGAUAUCCAAGUUAGUGGGGGCGGGGAUUAGUUGGGAGACCACUGCAAGUUAAAUUCCAACGUAUUCGCGCGCCGACGAUGCCCGACGCUCGCGGGCGAAGACGCUGUGGCUUGGCUUGUGCACAAAAGUCGUGCGUAUCGCGUGCAUCCAAGGGGCGCUCAGAAGUGGUAAAACAGCGCCCUCCAUUGUUGGCGCACGGAGUCCAUAGGCCUUCAGAGUAUGCACUUUUAAUAUGACGUCACAUGUCAUGUGAUGACGCCAUCGUGACAUCACUUCAAUUGUCAUCUAUAACACAUCCUGGUUCAGGUACAUACAAAGUUUCAAUCCAAUCCGGACCUGCAGUUCUGGAGAUUCAGACCUUCAAAAUAUGCACCUACAUGUAUAUUGUGACGUUACGUGACACGUGAUGGCGUCAUGAUGGCGUCAAUGUUUGGCACACAUCUACAGGUGCUGGUCUAAGUGUGCCAAGUUUAAAGGCAAUCGCAUCGAUUUGAGUGCCCAAAGUGCCACAAAGUGAAAACAUGUACAAAUGCUAUGGGAACUUGGCUGAAAAAGAAGAAGAAAAAAAUCUUAAUGAAAACACAGGCUGUUUCGGCAAUUUGCACUGGGCAACAGAAUUAGAUUUAAUUCUGAACAGUCCUAAAACAUAUAGUCUGCAUUGCUUAGAAGUUUAAAGUUUAUAGAAUCCUACAAACUCACGUUAUUUAACCAUUGUUUACAUUUCAUUUUAAAGGCAUUAUGUACAUGUAUAUUGUAUAUUACCAUUUAUUCAGUUUUUUAAUAAUUUAAUUAAACAAUCUUGUGUUUGUUUAUUUGUUGUGUUUAAUUCCCUUGGGAAUAUUUGAAAUAUUUGAAUGUGUUAAAAUCAAGUACUUGUAAGUUGUAACGGUAGUUUGAAAUUUAGAAUUUUCCAAGAAUGAAUUUGUUCUCUUAAUUUCACUGUUACAAAAGUAGUGGCAAUUUUAGACCAGUUUUGUACAUUUGAGAACUUUGCGAAUUUGAAAUCUUUUCUACGAAAUGUUUUUUUUCUACAGUAAAGUUUGCAUGGCAUUGUCGUUUUUAACCUUCAGCACUUUUUGUAUUAAUGCUAUGUGUAGUUUUAGUAUGGUUUUGUAUGGUUUUUUAUUUUUUUAUUUAAAAAAAAAAAAUAAGUUAACUCCAUUUGGAGUUUCGGUACAAUAAAUUUAAUGUACCUUUUGCUAAAGAGCCCGCCUUAAUAAUGACAAUCAUAUUGUGUUCUAUUGCAUGUAUUAUUAUCUUGCCUAUCUGUUUGUAUGUAAAUGGUAUCUUAUUAGUCCAGAAUGGUUAGAAGUUUGUAUUAUCGCAAUUUGUGCUUUUAUGCAGUAAACAAAAACCAAUUAUUUUUUUCCCUGACGGUAUUUCAAUUAAUGUGCUGAAGACUAGAAGCUUUUAACAUUUCAAUUAGUGAUCGCAUGUUGAGUUUUUGUGGUUGUUAGAUAAUCAUUAUGUCAGAAGACACUGCUGAACUGAAAUGCCAAAAACAAGACAUAGAAAAUACCAAAAGUUGUUGAACAGUUUCUGCAUUCGUGCAGCUGGAGAAUCGUUUCAUCUUUAAUAAAGGCAUGGAGGAUCAUUUGUUUUUGUACAUUUUUUUUUUCAUUUGAAGCAAUGAAAUUUGCUCAAAAUCUAUAGUAGCUCAGUGACUACUACAUAUUUAAGAAACCAGAGGAAACAGAUGCACAUUUUUGGGGUCUCAUAACUGGAUUCCGUUGAUGACGAACUUAACAAAGUGUGCCCGCGGCCACUCUAUUUUACAAUCACUUUUAAUGUUAGUUUUUUUCCAAACGUACUUUCACAGUGCAUUUGGUACCAGUCAUAUCAGCACUUUCAGUCAGAACGGUUUCAUUCAUUAACUCGGUAGAGACUGAUCCUAGUGUCCUUAAUGAAAUUGGUAUUUGCAAUUUGAAUUGGCUCUAACCUUCCCAACUCCAUCAAAAUCCAUCCCUUUCCAUUUAACGGGAUUUUGGCAGACAAGCCAUGAGUACCAAGUCCAUCAAAACAUAGCAGUGGUGGAUUUGUGUGGAUUUGGUCCUGAAGCAUUACAUGAAGCAGAGUCGGAGAUGGAUUUUGGCGGACUGGGUGCUAUUCUGAGUAAAAAACAUAGGAAGUUUAGGGUCAAGGUCAUAUACGCAUCCUCUCACAAAAAAAUGCAUAAUAAUCAUUCUUCCUUUCCUCAUAGUUGUUUUCAGACCCUUUGAAGGAUACAGUUUUUGUUUCUCUUUGUUGAGUUUCUAAUCGAUUUUACUAUCCGGACUGUUACUUAUUUCUUUAUAAAUUGUGUACAUCUGCGUUUCAGUGUUAUCUUAUUAUUUACUUUACAUCAAAUACAUAUUUUGAAAUAAACUGAACUUAAGUAAUUGAGGCGUGUAAUAUUUUCAACAAACACAUUUUUAUUCAGACGUAUUUCACAUGUACUAGAUUUAGAGAUUCACUUUAAUACAAAUUUGUUCCCACCAACCAGUCAAAGUUACUGGGGAAAAAAGGAGAGAGAGUAAAUAAAAGUAGCAUUUUAGACUAAAUAAUAUUUUACCAUGACAGUAUCGAUAUUGUGUCUACUUUAAUGUCAACUUCGACACGAACAUUUCUUUAACAUCCAGCAACUCUAUAUGUCCUACGAAUCGCAAAAGCCGGGUAAUCGCCUAUUUGUGUUAAAAAUCUAGUAACCAGACCACUAGUGUUUCCGGAAGAAAUAUUGGACCACCUGAUAGUUGUCUACAUGAUUUUCUCUCAAUUUUUUGUGUGGAAAAACCAAACAAUUGUGGACAGUAUUACAAAAUCGACGACUGUUUAAAGCUCUGUAAUGUAUUUGUAUUUCAGUAACAAUGUAUUUGCAUGCAUUCCAAACUUGGAUAAAUAAAAAUUUGCAUUGCUAAC